AAAAAGGGUUCCUAUAUUCAAGCAGGUACACGCCUACAGGGAGAGAGGAACAACGAGAGCCAUCGCCUACAGCGUGCUGUAGAUUGAGCGAUUAUUCCGAUUAGGAAAUGGAUCCAGAAAGCGUCGCAAAAGCAUUCGUGGACCACUACUACUCCACCUUCGAUACCAAUCGGGCUGCGCUUGCUAACCUCUACCAAGAAAACUCUAUGUUGAGUUUCGAAGGUCAAAAGUAUCAGGGAUCUCAAAACAUCGUUGCUAAGCUCACCAGUCUCCCCUUCCAGCAGUGCAAGCACCAUAUCAGCACCACUGAUUGCCAGCUCUCUGGUGCCAACGGUAUGCUUGUCUUUGUCAGCGGUAAUCUCCAAAUCCCCGGCGAAGAGCACCCCCUCAAGUUCAGUCAGAUGUUUCAGUUGAUACCAGCAGGUCAAGGAAGUUUAUAUGUGUCCAACGACAUAUUUCGCUUGAAUUACGCAUGAAGGGUUCUGAGUUGAAUUGUUUCUUGGUCAUGUUUUCGUGAUUGGUUUGUCUAAAACUAAACAAGUCAGAUUAUAACUUCUAGCAAGAUAUUGCCUCUGUUUGAUAUCACAGUCAGUAUAAGACCAGUCUUCCUGUAAUGGUUUGGUGAAUUGAUUGAUGCACUUGGCGACAGUUUGAAUUUUAUGGAAUUGAAUGAGUCCUAUCUUGCUUCCUGA